UGAUUGAGGGUCGAACAGUGUGUUCCCAGGCUUCGUGGUGGUGUGCUGUAGCUGAUCCACUCAAUUUUAGUGUAAUCAGGAUAACCAUGGACACAUGUGAUGAUAGUGGUGUGACUUUUGACAUGAUCUCGGCGCUGAAUUAGCUUGCGUUGCUAGCCCGGUGUGUCGGUCUGUCUGCCUUCCCCGUGCCUGUUCUGACUGUUCUGUUCCAUGUUAGCAAUGGUCAGCAACUAUAUCAACAAAGGGUGGUAGAGAUCGGUAAAGCACGAUGUCCUUGGUGGAUUUCAUCGGUGGCUCGGUUGGGGGGGCCUGUGGAAUAGCGGUGGGAUAUCCGCUGGAUACCGUGAAGGUGAGGCUGCAAACACAGCGAAGAUAUACAGGUGUCUGGCACUGCAUUCUGUCCACGGGCAAAGAGGAAGGGAUCAGGGGCUUUUAUAAAGGUAUGUCGAUGCCUGUCACUACGGUGUCGGUAAGCUCUUCGGUGGUUUUUGGUGUGUACAGAAACGCUCUCAAGGGCUUCCGCCAGCUGAGACACGCGGCUCCAGAGGCGCCCCCUGCCAAACUCGAAAUCUUCCUGUCGGGGAUGUCCGGUGGAGUUGCUCAGGUUUCAGUGAUGGCCCCAGCUGACAUUGUAAAAGUGCGACUUCAGUGUCAGCGAGAGAAGAUUACAGAGCAGCAGGUAAAGCCCAAGUAUCGGGGCCCAAUCCACUGCCUGUUCACCAUAGCCCGUGAGGAAGGUGUCUUGGGGCUCUACAAGGGGGCUGGAGCCCUGGCUUUACGAGAUGGACCCUCAUUCGCCACCUACUUCCUCACCUACAACACCCUCUGUGAUUGGCUGACUCCAGACAAGCAGAACAAGCCAGAGUGGAAGGUGAUUUUGUUUGCUGGCGGGGUAUCUGGGAUGUGCGGAUGGUGCUUCGGGACUCCAAUGGACGUGAUCAAAGCCCGUCUGCAGAUGGAUGGCCUGGGGAAGAGGAGAUACAGGGGCUUUUUUCACUGCAUCCUGGACAGCGUGCGCACCGAGGGACCAAGGGUACUCUUCAGAGGCCUGUCGCUGAACUGCAUUCGUGCCUUCCCAACCAAUAUGUCCGUGUUUGCCAUGUACGAGUUGGUAGUGCGGCUCUUGCGACCAGACUCUUAACCCUUCACAAGACUGAGUGUCAAAAAGGAAUAGUUGACCUGGAGAAGUCUAAGCAGGUGCUUUAUCGACUAACCCAGGUAAGUGAUAAACAUUGUGGAAAAGUUAAUGAUAAUUCUUAAUUAAACCACUUCCCUUGAGGUAAUUCACACUUACCUGGUUCCUACCAGACCUGUGUGUUGAGCUCUGAAGCCCCCUGGUGGCACUCAACACACAUGGAGGUCUGGGAGAAUGUAGCAGAAUUCCAUUUCUGGACUCAAAAAAUAAUGCAGAGCAUUUAUUGCUUCAAUAUCAAUGGCAGCUUGCAUUGAGGAGUCACAGGACAGACUACAUUGAAGCUUUAGAGAUCAACAGAGAACGUGUUUGAAGGAAUUUGUUGAUAUUGAAGCAAUAAAUGCUGCAAUCAUUUUUUUUGACUGGAGGAAUGGAAUCCUGCUACAUGCUCCCAGACCAAGUAGUGGAGCUCAUGAAGCUGCACGGAACUACUGGUCGGGAAAGAGCCAGGCAACAUUCGCACCAGUUGUGGAACUAAACCUUGGUCCCGUCUAUGGACCAUUCUUGCAUCUAAGGCCAACCAUGCUGUGCCUACAAAAUUCACUCAAGACAUUUCAGAUCCAGGCUUUUACGGUGGCCUCCUCUUCACUUGAACCAAUGUCAUGUUUAUCUUUAUUAUUUAAUGAUUAUUUGUCAUCAUGUUAAAUUAAUCCUUACUAAAGCAACAUAAAGUAUUAUUUUCCCCUUUUGUAAGCGUGGUUACUAUUACAGACACCGAUUAGAGUAUUUUCUAGCCUACUGCCACUGUGCUGUUACAUGCAAACAUAUCCAAUUUGUUUGAUGUUGUUUAUUCAGCCAUCAUUGUUGAAUCCGGACUUCGAAGUCCAAACUUCGUUUUGUCCAGUAGUUUCAAGCUAAGGGUAACAGAACAGCUUGUUCAGAAGUGCCUAACACUUAGUGAACUGCUACUUAUUUCUAUGAUUAUAACCUUUGUGAAGGUUGAAAAAACUACUUUAUGUUGCUGUGACAUUCAUUGUACUGUACUUGCAAAUGCUGAAAAAUGGCAUUUUACAAAGGGGUCAUUCCACGCCAAAUCUUCAAAUGAUCCCAACUCCCGCAUGACCAUUUCAGAUUUAGCUGAAAAAAUUCCAGGAGGUUCACUCCUUGAUUUAUUUAUUUACUUUUUUUUCCCAUUUAACCAGGAAGUGGUCACAUUGACUUACAAUAACUCUUCAUGAAAUAUUUUUAGCUGAGAGCUUACAUUUUCCUUUCCUUGUGAAGCAUAUGAACCUCCUUGAGUCUUUUCAGCCAAAUCUGGAUCAUUCGGCUGAGAUUUGGAAUGGAAUGGAAUGACCCAAAGGUUUGUACUGUAUAUCUGUGUUUGUUGUCUGAAGUGAUAUUGCUCCAUAUCCGUGACCCAUAUGAUUCAUUCAUAUGUUACCUCAUUGUAUCAUUUGCUAAGUCACUGAUGUCAUAUCAUUACAUACCUCACCUUGGUUCUAUAUACAGGGUGUCCCAAAAAUGUACACACUUUUUAAGUCAUUGUGAAGUAGUUGUUUAUUAAUAUUAACUGAAUAUUUUUAUUCAAAAUGUAAUAACAUCUACAAACAUUAUUUUACUGUUUUUCACUGCCUGUUCUUGAAAAAUUGAUGUGUUGAAAGUCUACGCUACAAGACUUGGACCGGUCACACUGACUUGACAGCCACUGAAAAUGAAAGCAAGCAAAUACCAAGAGAAUGGUGUGCCAUUCACAUGGUCAGCAGUGUACUGGACCAGAGUCCUGGAAUUCAGAGUUGUGACAAUCAGAGUACAGGAAGUCGGCUGGUGUCACAUAGAUUAAAAUAAUUCUAAGCAGCGUCUUUCCUUUCACUAGAGACGAGCAUAAAACUACAUGAAGUAAAAAAUGAAUUACGGUACAUUUACAUUAACUGCACUUUCUGUCUUCGACGCUCACUUCCUAGAACUAUUUUGGAACUAUAUCAGUGGACGAUCUGUGUGUCAAAGGCUCCAUGAGCCGCCAUUGUUAUAUAAAACGGGAACACUUGAGGUCAAAGGGAUUACUUCCAUGGCCCUGGCCUGGACCAGAAUGGACAGCAUUUUAAGAACAGGUGCUGAUAAAACAGUAAAAUUAUGUCUGUAUUCUAUUACAUUUACAAGGUUUAAUUAACUUUAAUAAACUGCUAUUUAACUAUUUAAAGUAUGUAUAAAUGUUUGGGGAUGUUCUGUAUUUGAACUUUUUGCACCUAAUCACAUGCUUAACAGAUUACAUAUUGAUUACUUGUAAUGCUACUUUUUUUUCCUAAGUAGUCUAUGUGAUGAACUAUGGAAUUUCGACUACAAGCACAUGACAUUCCACAGUUGCGAUUGCUGCACACAGAGGUGGCCAUCUGAGAGAUGUUCAUGUUAUCAGCUAUGGUUUUCAAAGAAUAAGAAAAGAAACAAGUAACAGCCUUGUCGACACUGUAUCAGACCAAUGUCAUGAUUCUACAUUUCGUUUUUGUUUGUUAAUUUUAUCUGCACAAUGAAGUAAGUUCAUUUUGUGAAUUAGGAUAAGGAACAUUUUUUUUUCAGCCAGAUGAAUUUGUUUGCCAUGUAAUUUGCCUGGACAAUCAGCAUUGAUUGUAAUUAUGCUGUUGUAAUGUUGGGAGUUCAAGGGGAUUCAUGUGAAACGAUCUACCUAACACGUGUGAUGCAUGUGAUCAAUUGUGGUGCAUUUGACACUAUGUGCUAUUAUUGACACUCUAAAAUAAACACACAACGAAAGAUGGA